CGGUGGGUAUAUGCGCUCGCAGAUGUCAUGUGAAACCCCGCGUGCUGGCCUUACCGCACAACUGAAGAGUCCGAGCACCGCUUCACGCACCUCUGGAAUGGUUUUGCACAGUAGUCUCCCGCUUUGACGAGACCAAACUUCAACACCGAGGAUUUUGUUUUUUUACUCUGGUUUAUGUUUGUUACUUCAUGACUGAAGCGUUCGGGAGCGAGUCGCCACCACUAUGCGAGCCCAAAUUGAAGUCAUACCAUGCAAAAUCUGUGGAGACAAGUCAUCAGGCAUCCACUAUGGAGUCAUCACAUGUGAAGGCUGUAAGGGUUUCUUCAGGCGCAGUCAACAGAACAAUGCGUCCUACUCUUGUCCCCGCCAGCGCAACUGCCUGAUCGACCGAACAAACCGCAACCGCUGCCAGCACUGUCGGCUCCAAAAGUGCAUGGCUCUGGGCAUGUCCCGGGAUGCUGUUAAGUUUGGCCGCAUGUCCAAGAAGCAGAGGGACUCUUUGUACGCAGAGGUUCAGAAACACCAGCAGAGGCUGCAGGAGCAGCGGCAGCAACAGACGGGCGAAGCGGAGGCCCUCGCCCGUGUUUACUCCUCCAGCCUCACCAACGGCCUCAGCACCCUCAACCACGAGAUUGGGGGGACGUACGCCAACGGUCACGUCAUAGACAUGCCCAAGGGUCAGCCGAACGGCGCUCCCGGUGGCUACUACGGCAUGGAUUCCACGCAGGCCAGCCCGGAUCAGUCAGGACUGGACAUGACUGGAAUGAAGCAGAUCAAACAGGAACCCAUUUACGAUCUCACCCCUGUUUCCAACCUUUUCACCUACGGCUCCUAUCAAGACAGCCAACUAGCACCUGGAGUGUCUAUGGGGGAAUUAGACCGAAUUGCACAGAACAUCAUAAAGUCCCACCUGGAGACGUGUCAGUACACAGCGGAGGAGCUUCAGCAGCUAGCCUGGCAGACGCACUCCUAUGAAGAGGUCAAGAUGUACCAAAGCAAGACACGGGACGUGUUGUGGCAGCAGUGUGCUUUACAGAUAACUCAUGCCAUUCAGUAUGUGGUAGAGUUUGCAAAGCGCAUCACUGGCUUCAUGGAGCUUUGCCAGAAUGACCAGAUAUUACUACUCAAAUCAGGUUGUCUGGAAGUAGUGCUGGUCAGAAUGUGCCGGGCAUUCAACCCUCUCAACAACACGGUUCUGUUUGAGGGGAAAUAUGGAGGCAUGCAGAUAUUUAAAGCUCUAGGCUGUGACGACCUGGUCAGUGCAGUGUUUGACUUUGCCAAGAGUCUGUGUUCACUGCAGUUAACGGAAGAGGAGAUCGCCCUGUUUUCUGCUGCAGUGCUCAUUUCUACAGACCGGCCGUGGUUAAUGGAGCCCAGGAAAGUGCAGAAGCUACAAGAGAAAAUCUACUUUGCCCUGCAGCACAUCAUGCAAAAGAACCAUCUGGACGAGGACGCGCUGGCCAAGCUGAUUAGCCGGAUCCCCACGCUGUCGGCUCUGUGCACUCUCCACACAGAGGAGCUUCAGGCCUUCCAGCAGCUCCACCCAGAGACAGUUAACAUGCUGUUUCCCCCCCUCUAUAAGGAGCUUUUCAAUCCCGAUGCCGCUGGCAUCAUGCCCAAAUGACCGCACACGUUCACACGCACACUUCGCAUACUCGUUCAUUCAAUAACCGGAGGUGUUGCAGAGGAUGAGCACUGUGUCGCACGCAGCAUCCGCAGAUUUUGCCACCACAACAAAAAAGAAACUCUAGGAAUGUCCUGCACUUCAUAAAUCCAAUUCAAUUUCACCGGUACAGUCAUAAGAAUGUAUAUAUGCGCCAGCAGCAAAAGGCGCCUUCCGUUUGACCAGAAAUGUACAGACUUUAGGACAAUUUAAGCUGUCUUUAAAUUGGGUAAGUUAAUUUGUUGUUUUGACUUUUCUCGCUCUCUCUCUUUUUUUCUCUUUACAAAAUAUUGUUAUAUUGAAAUGAGAAGGUGGGGAGUGCAUUCAAAAUGAUAAUGUAGUCUUUCUCUAGUACAAAGCGGUAUUCCAGUAUUAAAUCUUGUUCUGUUAAUAUUUUAGUCAUAAUUUAAAAACAACAGUGGUCUGAAAGGCCCGUACCUUGUCUAUGUAAUUUUUCGUUUUGUUUUGUAGUUUUACCUGUACAGAAUAUGUGAAGUUGAAACUG